CCCCCACCUUCCUUCAGGCACAAGAAGCGCCUGCUGGAUGACCUGUCGGGGCACACGGGCCCCGGGUUCACGGCCAUUAUGGGCCCCAGCGGUGCGGGUAAAUCCACCCUUCUAAAUGCGCUCGCCUGCCGAUUGGACAAGGGCGCCACGAUGGAGGGCAAGGUGCGGCUCAAUGGUGGGACGUACGGGCUGGCGCACUUGAAGACGAUCGCCAGCUACGUGAUGCAGGACGACCUGCUCAAUGCACAUCACACGGUGGAGGAGACUUUGCUUUACACUGCAAAACUGCGCCUCCCGCCCAGCACAACCGCAGAGGAGCGGGUGGCGCGAAUCGAGGAAGUGAUUGAUGCCACAAAGCUGCAGCACUGCAGGCAUACCCUGGUGGGCAGCCCGCUACGCAAAGGAAUCAGCGGAGGAGAGAGAAAGCGGCUGUGUGUCGCCAUGGAGCUGCUCACUCGCCCCAUGCUGCUGUUUUUGGAUGAGCCUAGCAGUGGCUUAGACAGCACCACGGCGCUGAGCCUGUGCACCCUGCUGCGCGAGCUGGCAGACACCCGGCAAUGCACGAUUCUGUGCACGAUCCACCAGCCCAGUGCCAAAAUCUUCAGCCUGUUCCACAAGCUGUUCCUGCUACAGGGAGGAAAGAUUGUGUUCCAGGGGGAGCCCUCGUCUGCGGUGACGGUUUUUGCCAGCCACGGCUUCCCUUGCCCGCCACUGACCAACCCGGCAGAUCACCUCAUGGAUGUGAUCUCAUGUUCGCCGCAUGUUCAUGCUACUGCGCGGGCAGCCAGCUUUGUCCUGCAGGAGCCACCAGUUAUCGAGUGA